CCGAGUUCUCCGGUGAGAAGCGAGUUGAAACAGUAACGACAUAGCGAGCACUCUAACACACCACUGAUCCACAUCUGCAAAGGCAUCGUAAUCAUCGAUUCCAUGUGCGCCCACAGACUGCAGAGACACCACGCGGCAUGACAACAAUGAUACUUGACGUGCAUGCACUAGAGAAGGCUGCGAAUCGCGUCGUCAGCGGCAAAGAUUCAUGAGCCUUCUUUUUUCGGAGCGACGCCGCGUUCGACUCAGCACCUGCGUAUAGCUAUGGACGUCGAGGGCUGCCGUGAGGAUCUGGACUCGCCGCACCCCAAUGGCUACACCAUGGAGUCCAAGGAGACCGAAAAGUGCCCGAAAAGUUACUGCGGCAGCAAGGACGCAUCAACAGUGGGACCUGACGGGAGGCUGAGCUGGGCCAUAGCGAUCACAUGCUUCGUGAUCAACUUCAUCGCGGCCUGCUUUUACCGCUGCCCUGGAAUGUUCUUCAGCUCCGUGAUGGACACCUUCGAUGCGAGCCGAGGCGAUGCGUCAGUUCCCGUUUCAUUGUACGGAGGAUUCUACAACAUGGCCGGCCUUGUGGCGGGUGCGCUCAUCGAAAACUUCGGAGUCCGCCGAACACUCAUUCUUGGCGGGGUUAUGAUGACGAUUGGAUUCGGCGUGUCGCUCUUUGCAACUUCCACACUGUUCCUCGUCUUCACAGUGGGGGUCCUGGCCGGAGCUGGAAACGGCAUUGUGUUCAGCAGCUCCAUCGUGGCCGUAACCCGUUACUUCGACAAGCGCCGUGGCAUCGCCCUGGGUUUGAACAUGGCUGGCCCGCCUAUGACGUCGCUCUUGGUGCCCAAGCUUCUCCAGUGGCUGCUGGGAGAGUACGGGCUGCGCGGCACCUUUCUCCUACUGAGCGGCUGCAUGGCCAACAUACCCAUCCUUGGAAUCCUGCUGCGUAACCCUCCGUGGGAGAAGAAGAUCCAGGAAACCACCGCUGUUGAGGUGGAACACUGCUUUACUGAGGUUGCAAAUGGAGGCGUUCAGCUUGUCUCUCCGGCCACACGCAACGGCGAGUCCUGCGACGGUCAUACAGUGAAAGCAUGCCGCCGCUCAGCGGGCGGAAAACGGCGCCCAACUGCGAUAAGCAUCACGAACCACAACAGAGUCAGACGAGAUACAAUGAUAAACCCGAGUCGAGUACCAGCUUCAAAGGGAACCACGUCGAGUGUCAAUGCCGACGGCCGUUUGUCCGCGAAACCGUGGCCGCUGAUGUCCGAUCACCGUCCUUCCAACGCAUCGAGGCGAAGUACGUUCGCCAGCAGCGUCAGCGACGUGGCAUCGAACGGACGAGUAUCUUCAAUCGCUUCGACGGUUUCACCAAGGAACGUAGCAAUGGAAAGAAGGGGAACCGUGAUGAGCGUUGCCGGAUCCAUGUUCGCGUCCAAAAGUGCGUCGCGUAACGACGCGUUUUCGCGGAGAGGAACUGUAGUAAGCGUGAUUGGCUUGUCUGCUCCCGGAGACACGCAGAAUGCGACUGUCGAAGCACCGUCCUCGGCGUUGAGCAGCUUGAAGGAAGUUCUGUCCGCACCACGGAUGUACUUCCACACUUUCAGCUUUUUCACGUGCGCCUUCUUUGUGGACUCUUAUCUCACGGUCAUGUUCGACCUCGGCGAGGAUAUUGGCGUGCCGGUCAGCCAGUCAGUCCUCGCCCUGUCAAUCUUGUCAGCCAUGGACACAGUCGGCCGGUUCUUCGUACCUUUCUUGACUGAUUACGGAGUCACGUCCACGGCGUCCCUGCUGACUUUGUGCUAUAUCUCGCUUGCCGUCAUUUCGGUCUUUAUGCCGUGCGUCUCAGGAAGGCUCGUGUUCUUGGCAGUGUCUGCUCUUCUGGGACUACCCGGAGGCUACGUUCUGGUUGGAACGUCAGAAACCCUAUCUAAGGAGCUCGGGACGAAAAACCUGCCAAUGGCCUAUGGCGUCCUGGCGUUCAUCGCUGCAUUGGGAGGCAUCGCUCGGCCGCCCGUUGUGGGCGUCUUCCGCGAUGGACUUGGCUCGUACGACGGCCUCUUUCAGCUCAUGGCAGGGAUGCUGCUGAUCUCGUUCCUGUUCAACGUGGGACUCUGGAUCAGAGGUCGUUCUUCCACCAAGAAAGACAAAACAAAGGCAGCUGCUCUGGACAACCCGGUCACCACCUCGGAGCCCCUGCCUGCGCUAAUAGAAGAAGACCAAUGCACGUCGCUUUAAUAGUUUACACGUAUGGCAUGCUUCGAGAGAGCAAAUGCCUGAUUCUGCGGUGGCGCUGCCAGUGUGCACUUAGUGCGUUGCGCUCGUGCGUGUUCUGUGGUAUGGUCUACAAUGCAAGGCUUAGCUUCCAAUUGGAACGCAACGCAGUGCAGAACUGUUUUUUCUACGCUAAAGUGCAGAGGGGCGCCCUGCGCUGUAGCUAAGCACCAUCACCGCGAGCACAUUACCCCGUCUAGCUAGCGACUAGCAAACUAUGUGCA